ACGGUGCAUAGGGGGGUGAAGAUUUUCUGAGCAGGCGUUUAGGUAGGCAACUCUGCCUGCACGGAAAGGGUCCUCGUAGCGGAGGAGGGUCUGUGUCGCGGUGGAUUGUGGGCCUCUCUCUUUCCUUCCUCCUCGGGAUCCGAGUUCGGCACGAUGGGCAAGUGUCGUGGGCUUCGUACCGCCAGGAAGCUGCGCAGUCACCGACGUGAUCAGAAGUGGCAUGACAAACAGUACAAGAAGGCCCAUCUUGGCACUGCUUUGAAGGCCAACCCGUUUGGGGGAGCUUCCCAUGCCAAAGGAAUUGUCCUAGAGAAAGUUGGUGUAGAAGCUAAGCAGCCAAAUUCUGCCAUCAGGAAAUGUGUCCGAGUCCAGCUGAUCAAGAAUGGCAAGAAAAUAACGGCCUUUGUUCCUAAUGAUGGUUGUCUAAACUUCAUUGAGGAGAAUGAUGAGGUUCUGGUUGCUGGCUUUGGUCGGGCAGGCCACGCUGUUGGUGACAUCCCUGGAGUUCGUUUCAAGGUGGUCAAAGUAGCUAAUGUCUCUCUAUUAGCCUUGUACAAAGGCAAGAAGGAGAGACCAAGAUCAUAAAACUCUCCUUUGUUAUCAAAUGCUCAAUAAAAACUUCUCUAAAAACC